ACGUCAGCACCAUUGCAAUAUACGCGUGUACUUGGAUUUGUAUGGAAAAGUCAUGUCAUCAAAUGAAAAAAUGGCCGAUGCUAGCAAAAACGACAUUCAUGCAAUCUUUAAACGUCUUCGAUCAAUCCCAACAAAUAAGAGUUGCUUUGAUUGUAACAGCAAGAACUCAACAUGGGCAAGCGUGACAUACGGUGUAUUUCUGUGCAUUGACUGUUCAGCUGUUCACCGUUCUCUCGGUGUUCAUGUAACUUUUAUCCGGUCAACACAACUAGAUUCAUGGGCUUGGCCACAGCUGCGUGCUAUGCAAGUGGGAGGCAAUGCCAAUGCAACGGUGUUCUUCAGACAGCAUGGCACUUCAACCGCAGAUGCCAACAAGAAAUAUCACAGCAGGGCAGCUCAACUUUAUAAAGAAAAAAUCAAGACACUCGCUGCAGCGGCUAUGAGGAAGUAUGGCACGGACAGUGUUCACAUUGGAGAUCAUGCAGUCAGCUCACCUGAGACGAAAGAAGUUGAUUUCUUCAAGGAGCAUCAUGAUGAUCUUGCCUUCAGCACACCUGCUGCGAACUACCCAUCAGAGCAGAACAUGAAUCUUAGUUUCACGCCUCAAGAAGAAGAAGUCAAGGUUCAAGCUGUACCGAUUAAGAACGGGCAGGAAGCAGAAGGCGAAGUGGAUACAAGAGAGCCCAGUGUGGAUCAUGUCUUGGGGACCUCUCCUUCGCAAUUAAUGGCAAAGGUUGAGCCUAGAAAGUCAACCAUUGGGCAACGUAAACCAAUGCAAAAGAAAGGGCUUGGAGCUAAAAAGAAGCUGGGUGCCCAAAAGGUCACAACAAACUUUGCAGACAUCGAGUCGGCGGCUCAUCAGGCAGACUUAAUGAAGAAGGAGACGGUGAUAAAAACUAAGAAGACCAAGGAGGAGGAAGAGUCAAGCAUGGCAUCGAUGCGUCUAGCCUAUCAAGACAUGUCUGUUGAAAGGAAGAGACAAGAGGACAGAAUGAAGACGGCAAAUCCACAAAAAGCAGAACAGAUGGAAAGACUUGGCAUGGGAUUUGGUGGUAGAAGUGCGGUAUCCCACUCUGCCAUGAGCGACAUGCAGACCAUUAAGCAGGAUACGCCCUCAAGCAGCACCAAGACACAACGCUCCUCCAGCAGAGACUUCUUUGAUGAUUUCGCUACGGGAUCAUCGGGAUUCUCAUCCAGGAGUAAAGAUACUUCGUACGGUAGCCGCAAAGACAGGGAUGAUGAGAAUGAGAGAGAUGAUUGGGAUACGGUGGAUAAACCCAAGCAAUCUGAAGGAUAUGAUAGUAUUAAACCUCUGGAAGACCGUAUGUCAGCCAGUAAGAAGAAGCCGUAUGAAACAACCUCCACAUCCACUGAGGCCCAGAAACGCUUCUCCAACGCAAAGUCUAUCUCGUCUGACGCCUACUUUGGGAAAUCAGAAAUGGAUGACACGACACGAGCAAACCUGGACCGGAUGUCAGGCAAGUCUAGUAUAUCCAGCUCUGAGCUGUAUGGUGACCAAACGACUGCAGGGGCUUCGUAUAAUGCCGGUCCAGAUAUGUCGGCCAUUAAAGAUGGCAUGAAGGAUAGCGUGACGCAGGUUGCUGGUCGGCUAUCACGAAUGGCCAAUGGCAUCGUUAACACAAUACAGGAUCGCUAUGGUUACUAAAACAGAGUGUGUCGUUUUCAUUAAUUGUGGCGAUUAACUGGUAAGAUUAAACAAAGAAAUAUAUGAUAUAAACAAGGAACUGGAUUCUCAAAAUCAUGAAAAAUUCCACAAGAUUAAUAAAUUUAAAAACAAUAUAAAGGAUUUCCAAGGUGUGCCCAGCAAGCCUGUGCAGAGUUUUGUGACAUGCUCGUUGUGUUUCAUAAAGAGGGAUUCCAAGGUCAAAAUCAGUUUUGUGAUGCACUCAUUUUCCAAUAGAUAAACUCUUUGUGAAAAUGGGAUAAAAUUACAUGUUCCUAGCCUCACUCUAAAAUGAUGUAAAAUGCCACUGUGUUUGUGAACAUUUAAGUGAAAUUUUUGUCAACAUCUAAAGAUAUUCGAUGACGUAACAUUUCAAAUAAAUGGUCUAUACAUUUGGAAUUCCAGCUAAUUCCAGAGUUCUGAUGAUAUUCAAUCAAAGCGGCAUUGAGUUUGACCUUAUGACCGGCACAGAAAUUCCUCUUCAGAAUGAACAGACCCAUUUAUUUUGUUGUCCAAUGACGUCACGCUUCAAAUUGCGUUCCCAAAGAGUAUGAAAUAAAAUUACAUUUUACACCAUCAACGCAUAGUUGGCGAAUUCUAGCCCCCCCCCACCCACUUUAUUAGGACUCUAUCUAUUGAAAAAUUAAUGGAUCAUCAAAGACCUAAUUUUGACAUUGUAACACCUCUUUAAGUUGUUUUAGUUUUUUAAAUCAACACUUAUAACAUUGAGCCUAAGAUACUACUCUCUAGAGAUUUCCAAUGCAGUCUGUUUGUAAACUUAUUAUUAAUAUUAAUAAAUGUCUGUUUCGUUAAUUUGGGGGAUUAGUAAACACAAUGCUUCGGCAGCAAAACAUUGGCAACGUAAUAUGUAAUGUAAACUAAGUAAGGAAUAUUAUUUUAUUUAAAAUACAAAUAUUUUUCUUUAUUCAAAGAUACAGGUUUUAAGAAGAAACAUGACAUAGCAAUUUAUUUAGCUCAAUUUUCCUUUGGUACUCAUUUUUAUCCAGCAGGAAACAUUUAUUGCUUUGUAAAAUAUCGCAUAGAUUCCAGAAUAUUUUUGAUUUUGUAGAGGUAGACGUUUCAAAUCGUUAAUUGUUCUUUCCCCUAAGUGAUUUAUGAGGUUUUUUUUCUUUCUUUUUUUCUUUAACUUAUGUUGAACCAACCACUUCCGGAUUAACAUACUGGUGCUCUACCAACUGAGCUAUCUCUAGCUCUAUGUUGGCGGUCUCCCUACUUUGUCAAUAUCUUUGUUCGGGGUGAACAAUAAGCUUUAAGAGAUUACAUAAGACUGUCGGACUUGUCUGGUCAUAAGUUUACUGGCCCUGACACUAAGACCACUGGCCUCGGGCCUGCAUUCGAGUGUUAAAUUUGAGCCCUGUAAAGAUAAGGUGCACAUCUAACUAAUUGCACACGUUAAGCAUAAAAUAUAAACUGCACAGUAACAUACAGGAAAUGGCACUAUCAAGAUUUAUGAUUUAUACUGAGUGAUGACAUCGGGUGCAUUGGGGCCAAUAUUGACAUAAUGUGUAGACAUUAUUACAUGUUGCCAAAAUUAAGCCUGGUUCAUGCGAAUGAUUCAGGUAAAGUAAAUUUGACAUCAAAGAUCAUUUUUUCAUGGUAAAGUUUCACAGGAGUAGAGCACAGGGUAACGGUUUUGAAUUGUUUGUUGCGAAUUUGUGAUGUCAAAAUUCGCAUUCCCAGGAAGUAUGAACUGGGAUUUACACUGAAAUUUUCUCUGCUUUUACUUUGGUUAUGAUGCUUUAUGAUUGGACUGUUGGUUAUGACGCUUUAUGAUUGGACUGUUGGUUAAAACGAAGUCAGUAUUAUUAUGUCAUCAUGCUUGACUAGACCAAGGUUAAGGGUUCUAAAGAUUUCAAGGCAAUUAACGGUGCUGGAAAAACAACCCUCUAAAUAAUAUGAAUUGAAAUGAAUAAAUAAACUUGAUUACCCUAUCAUGGUAAUGUAGAGAAAAUAUUACAUUGGUUAAGGUUAAAAAAACGAGUUAUGGUUUUCAUUUAAUUGGUUAAUAUUAUCUGUUUUAAUUAGACCUUAAGAAACUGAAUUCUCUUUUGUUCUUCUAAUGACUUAAUUAUUAUCUGAACAUUAUGCUCUAUUUCACUUAACAUUCUUGAAUAAAUGAUACAAAAUUCAAAGUGGUA